AUGUCAACCUCCUGGAGUGAUCGGUUACAGAAUGCAGCAGAUAUGCCUGCUAACAUGGAUAAGCACGCCCUGAAAAAGUAUCGGCGAGAAGCCUAUCAUCGGGUGUUUGUGAACCGAAGUUUAGCCAUGGAAAAAAUAAAGUGUUUCGGUUUUGAUAUGGAUUAUACACUUGCGGUAUACAAGUCCCCGGAGUAUGAGUCUCUCGGAUUUGAGCUCACUGUGGAGAGAUUAGUUUCUAUUGGCUAUCCCCAGGAGCUGCUCGGCUUUGCUUAUGAUUCUACAUUUCCUACCAGGGGACUUGUCUUUGACACACUGUAUGGAAAUCUUUUGAAAGUUGAUGCUUAUGGAAACCUUUUGGUCUGUGCACAUGGAUUUAAUUUCAUAAGGGGACCAGAAACUAGAGAGCAGUAUCCAAAUAAAUUUAUCCAACGGGAUGACACUGAAAGAUUUUACAUUUUGAACACACUAUUCAACCUACCAGAGACCUACCUGUUGGCCUGCCUAGUAGAUUUUUUUACUAAUUGUCCCAGAUAUGCCAGCUGUGAUACAGGAUUUAAAGAUGGAGACCUCUUCAUGUCCUACCGGAGUAUGUUCCAGGAUGUAAGAGAUGCCGUUGAUUGGGUUCAUUACAAGGGCUCCCUUAAGGAAAAGACGGUUGAAAGUCUUGAGAAGUAUGUAGUCAAAGAUGGAAAACUGCCGUUGCUUCUGAGCCGGAUGAAGGAAGUAGGGAAAGUAUUUCUUGCCACCAACAGCGACUAUAAAUAUACAGAUAAAAUUAUGACUUACCUAUUUGAUUUCCCACAUGGCCCCAAGCCUGGGAGCUCCCAUCGACCAUGGCAGUCCUACUUUGACCUGAUCUUGGUGGAUGCACGGAAACCACUCUUUUUUGGAGAAGGCACAGUGUUGCGCCAAGUGGAUACUAAAACUGGCAAGCUGAAAAUUGGCACCUACACCGGCCCCUUACAGCAUGGCAUCGUCUACUCAGGAGGUUCAUCUGAUACAAUCUGUGAUCUGUUGGGAGCGAAGGGCAAGGACAUUUUGUACAUUGGAGAUCACAUUUUUGGGGACAUUUUAAAAUCAAAGAAACGGCAAGGGUGGCGAACUUUUUUGGUGAUCCCUGAACUUGCACAGGAGCUGCAUGUCUGGACUGACAAGAGUUCACUUUUCGAAGAGCUUCAGAGCUUGGAUAUUUUCUUGGCUGAACUCUACAAGCACCUUGACAGCAGCAGCAAUGAGCGCCCAGAUAUUAGUUCCAUCCAAAGACGUAUCAAGAUGCCUCAUGAAUCAACAGUGGAGCACACACAUGUAGAUAUCAACGAGAUGGAGUCCCCCCUUGCCACCCGGAACCGCACAUCAGUGGAUUUCAAAGACACUGACUACAAGAGGCACCAGUUGACACGGUCGAUUAGUGAGAUUAAACCUCCCAACCUCUUCCCACUGGCCCCCCAGGAAAUUACGCACUGCCAUGAUGAAGAUGAUGAUGAAGAGGAGGAGGAGGAAGAAGAAGAGGAAGAAUAAGGAGGAAAACCAAAACUCUAAGCACCCAUUAAACAAGUUCUGGCAGGACUCACAGGAGCAGAGGAUGUCCCUGUUUGGGUUCUAGUGGGGGAGGUGGGACUCCAUCAGAGGUACCUCUGGAAAGUUUCUGAGGACUUUAAAAUAUUUUAAUUAUAGAGAGAGACUUGUUUUAGUUUUGUGUAUCUACACUCUUUGCAGAUGAUUCAUAAUUGUAAUGAAGAAAGUCAAGGUAAAGUCAGGCUGAACUACACGUAGGUGGCUCCCAUCAUGGCUUGUGACACUGUCUCCUCGUCUUUUUACAUUAUCAGUCCGUUGUAGUGAUCUGGAUAUACCAAGUGUGAUUGCACAGUAUUGUAUAUCAGUGGAGAAAUACAUUGUUUCCAUUAUCAUAUGUAGUCUUCUGUUGAGGUCAUUUCCCUUUAUAAGCCUGUAAGUGUCCUCAGUGACCCUGGUCCAGCUGCUGCCUGUCCGUGGCUUUCAAGAAGGUUCUCUCCUUGCUUUAGGACUGAUCUGGUCUGGACUACAGGGAUUCUAUUAUGAAGCAAAAGUCCUCCUCCAUUUCUACAUUUUUUGGUUGAUAGCACAAAUGCUUGUUUGUUAUCCAAAAAAAUAAUCUUUUUCUCAUCUGUGACAAAUCUAUAGAAAGAGUUUAGCUGAAAGAAGACAAAGGAGCAGCCCCUAGAAAAGGAAAGAAGGAACCUCUUUCUUAUAGUACAGCAUAACUGAGUAAAACCUGUUAGUUUUUACAGAAUUGUGGUUCAUGCCACCCAAUUCCAGCCUGCUCUCUCCCCUCUAGGGUUAACUGCUAUGUUUCAAAGUUGAGCAUUAGAGGGUGGGAAGAGGGCUGUGUAGGCCAGAACCUUACUAAAGCAGAGGGCACAAGCAGUGUGAAUAAACUUACUUCAGAAGCUCAUGUGCAAUCACUUCUUGUUUCAAACAAGAAUGAAUCAUUACUGUAUACUUUCGAGUGUUAUAACUGCCUCACGAGUACAGUGAAAGUUGUUACAACAUUUUAAACAGUGGUGUAGACCCUUCCUUUAAUCUUCAUAUAAUUUCUUUCAUUCUUAUUUUCAUUGUUCAACAGGGCAGGGUAAUGGUAGAUUAGCUGCUCUAGAAUUCAAUAAAGGUAAUAUUUCUAAUAUUGACUUUGACCCCUUCCUACAACACAACUGUAAUAGGCACUGGGCUCCACGUGGGUUUCAGUUUGGCUUAGUGACAUCAAUUGGACAUUUGCUUUUCUUAAAAGAAAUAUACAUUUUAAAAAAUGCUAAAUGUGCCCAGAUCCCUUUUGGUUAAAAAUAAACUUAAAGAAUUGAUAUAGUCUAACAUGAUAAUAGUUACAGCACUUCAUAGGCCUUAAAAUUUUUUCACAAAAAGCUUUUUGGCACAAGACUGUGAGGUAAGGAUUUUUUUCUUUUCUUUAAUGUUCAUUUUAUAGGUAGGAAACACAGCUCAGUAAAACUUAGCCAAGGAUACACUACCUCACCACUUUAAAUAUAUAUGGCUAUAGAUUAAGUCAUGCCAAGAAACAUACAUUGUAACUGGUAUUGGGAAUAUAUGCUACUUUAAAGUUUUUAGGUUAGAAAUGCUAUUGCAGAUAGCAAUUAGGUGCUAUCUCUGUUUUAAAAUUUUGGGGAAUGUGUGGUCACCCCAGUUAUAGUCACUCUCAUCCAAGAUGGAGAUGUUGCCCAGUCUGACAUAUUCUUAAAUUUUCUCACAGCCAGAUAAUUUCUAAGUGGCUUAUUGCAACUGUAGUUAUUAUAAUAGAAGUUACAUAUUUUCCCAUUUAGAGCAAGAAUCAACAGAAUUACUUUGCUUUAUCAUCACACCUUUUGUAUUCUAUCCACAUAAGCAUUUCUUCUUAGCCAGAUGACUGUCUGGUAGUGGGCCCAAAGACAGAAAAGCACACAACUGGGAUAAGUUAAGAAUUCCACCCCUGGUCACAGCUUUCUCCAGAACCACCACCACAGAUUUGUAAAGAGCUAGGUUUCCAUAAGAAGUCUAAGACCCAGAGCAGAAUGGUGCUUCUCUGUAUGCCAGUCUUGUUAGAAGGGUGUGAGAGAUCCUAUGCCAGUCUUGUUAGAAGGGUGUGAGAGGUCCACAGGCAGGCUCUCAGCCAGUGCUGCUGUAACUGGGCUGUGUUAGAACGUGAAUUGUGAGUCUCUCUCUCUCUCUCUUGCCAAUAGGUAAGGAAGCCGAACUUAAAAUGUAUACUUUUCCUUUUUAAAAAACCUGAGAAAUUUUAAACCAUGAGAAGACAGAUCUGUCAUCUCUUUUGAGAAUCUUUUCCUGGGUAUUUUGAAAACGCCACUUAUUUUCAGACUUCGUAGAGUGCCAGGCACCCCUUUUCAUGGGUGCUAGACUGAACUCCCAGCCUGACAGCAUGUAACUAACAGACUCUGGAGUGCUCAGCAGCUGGGCAGAGUCACAGCAGACCCUGGCCCUGAUGGCGUCCUCUGCAAGAGGCCUUGCCCAGUCCAUGAACGUCUACAGAGAUGCACAGAGGAAGCUCUGGUGGUGUAUUUCAGGAAAGUUGUUUAAAGCCAAGGAAGUUUAGCGCCCUGCUUUAGACUGCUUAAGAUUUUCCUACUAUACGCGUAGCUCUGCUCAGACCUAAAAUAGUAAAGCAAGCCCUUCAAGCUGCCGUUUCUAAGAUACUUUUAGAAGUGGUUUUUAAUAGAACUAGAGUAACUCAGACUACAGAUCCUUAAAUCAUGUUAGUAUUAUUUUUAAGAAACCACUUACAAAAGCCACAUACAGUUACAUGUCAGAUUUAAAAGUACUUUACCCAUGUUUAAAUAUUUCUAAAGUAGAUUUAUUUACUUAAGAAAUACUUUGUCAACAACUUUAACGCUCUGCAGUUUUUCCAAGGCUGCUGGGGCAUUUUUAAAAUACUCUGCUGUUUCACCACAAAUAGCCUGAGACAAACAACUGCAUACUUAAGUCUGCAUUAGGAUAGGAAACUUAUCCACAUUCCAUGUUAUGGAAACUAUUUAACCUCUGUUUGAUGGUGGGAAAAAUGGUAACUAUGAUCCAGCUACUGCCAUAUAGUAAUGGCCCAGUUCCUCAAAGGGAUGGAAUUGUUCUCAACGCAGCCACUUGGUUUAGUAAUAGCGCUGGAUAGUGAUGUUUCUGACGACCUUCUUUCUUGGUGACUAGGACAUAACAACUCUCCUUAAAGAAAUUUUUCCUCAAAUGGAACGAUUUUAAAUGAUGCACAACUUCGGGAUGCCCUGAGAACGAAGUCUCUACCACAGCGCUACCCGAGCAGCCUUGAAGAUAGAAGAAAAAUGGUGCCCUACUACGCAGGAGCAGGGAUGCCGUGCCCCUCACAGCAGCCGGCCCAGUGAGCAGAACCAGGCAACAGCCAGGAGUCCACACUGUCCCACUAACAGUACAGCAGCACUUGCCACUGUUCUCUCACUGCUGAGUAUCUAGAAAUAGCAGAAAGUACAUCAUCUAAAAAGAGAAUGGAUUUGUUUACAGAAUGAACCUGUUCUUUAAUCGGGUGAUUUUCACCACUUUGCCAGGGUGAUCUUCACCCUUUCCUCAGAUACAAGUGUCUUCAUCUCAAGGCCGCAACAAUUUGACUUGUUCCAAUGAAGGUAUGUCAUUUUAAAAAUAAGAUACAGUAGUUUAGUUACGUCCCUAUGACGAGCUUUGACGCAAAAAGUAGUCCCAAUUGAGCACAGAAUAUUUCAUUUCAAGCUUGCUGUCACUGCAAUUCUGAGGAAUCUCUUAUUUCCCACUUUAAAACAAAAUGACAAGUUUGUGGCCUGGUUCCUUUCUGUUUCUUCCCACAAAAUACCUUUGCUCCAUUUUUCUUUUAUUACUCUAGAGUAAGGGUGUGUUAGAUAGCUUCAUGAAUCAAAUCAAGUACAUGUAUGUCUCCAAAUGCUCUAACCCCCCCGCCCCAGCCAGCACUUCCCAAAGCCAUGCCUUGCCAGUGACGUAGACCAGGCCUGAGGAGUCUGGGCCGAGAUAAACCUUCCCACACAACCUAGAGCCCACGCAGCUGAGUGCACAUUCUUCCCAUGAAAGACAGUAACACUCUUCCAAGUCUCACAAGUUCCUGAGAUACUUGGAAAGAAGAUUUGCCAAGCAAACCUUCCCAAUGCUGAAAAAUGUUUGUUUAUUAAACGUCCAGCCUUUUGAGAGAGGGUUCUCACCAGAGGUAGUCUGACUUGUGGGUAUGGGUAUUUUGAAGCAAGUAACUUCAUUUUUGGACCCACUGCCCUCAAGUCAAUGAUGUAGAAUUGUGGAAGGAAAGCUGGCUCAAUCUAAAAUUAAUGUUGUGUGCUGGCCUCCUGUCCGAGCGUUCCACAGUCAUGAAUACCCUAGCAGGAAAAGCACUUUGACAAAGAAUUCUGGCAACCGAUCCCCCCUUAGAAACUUGCAUCCUCAGGUCUUAUGAUCACCACCAGGGGAGAUGGCUUGCCACCUGAAUGUCACGGAGAAAAGGGCCUAUAACCAUUUCUUUGUCCUGAGACUUCUUGCAAGGAAGAGUAUACACAUGAGGCCCUUGGAGGAAAAAUGAUGAAACAAUCAUACAAAGAAAGCAAAAGAAUUUAUUAGCCAUCUAAUAUAAUUCAACUUUUUGGCUUUAAUAAGGAAUCAUCUCUUUAUUAAAUUUAAUUACCUUCAAAAAGUAUAAAAUAAGUUUCCAGAAAUCAACUCCAGGCUAUAAAAAGUUCAUUCAGUUUGUACCCGUCACUUUCUCCACGAGACCCUCUAAUCAGUAUCUGUGUCCUCAGAAGUGCUGAGCUGAGAAGCGCUGAGGAGCACAAUUUCUUACGUGAACUAGAAACCCCAGAGCUCAUCACAGUAAAGCUUAGAAAUGACACACAUGUGCGUAUGGAUGGAGAGGGACACCUUGGGCAAAUCUCAUCCUCACAGUAGGAAAAACUGCCUCCACUUUCCUUAGAGUAUUUCCUGAUUCAAGCUCAGGACUCAUCUAGACAAAGUGAGUAAAGCAGGAAAAACCAACCAAAGCAGCAAGGUGGGAGUGGAUGUGCAGGAGUGCUUUCCUUCCCCAGCCUUGCUGCUGCUUUCUGUCCUGCUUCUAAGGAAAGCAAACAAGCUCCCAAGAAGAUAACACUUCACUGGAAUAUAGAUAUACCUCGUUCUCCAUUCUGGAAACUGGGGGGCAAUGAUUGGGUGGAGGUGCGGGGUAGGGAGUGGCUAGGUCAGGCAGUGUCUCAAAGCCGAGCUCCUUCACUGAAAUGUUUCCUUCCAUGGGACAAGUGAAAGUAAAAGAGACUGCAAGCAUCAUGGUUACAUAUGGCAGGAAACUAAGAGACUAGUUAUUAAGAGGCUCAAAUCUUUGGAAUGUAAAACAGAGACUAAGAGGGAGAAAGAAUCCCAAAAAGAUGCAGUUAGGGUUGGAAGCUCAACUGGAAGAUCUUCUGGGUCCAGUCACAUGACUGUGGAAGGUAAGUAGACUAGAAAAGAAGUGGUGAUGGAAGAGGAUGGAGGCCACACACAAUGAACUGUUGGGGAGCGGGGGAUGCCCACUGACUCGAGCAUCUGAACAUGCCUCACCACACCCAUGCUGGGUGUUUUUAAUUUCAGGGUGAACCGUCAUGCCUGCUCUGACUUUCGUCCUAGGGUUAGCGUAGCACAGGAGGACCUACAAAGCUAUUCUCAAGAGCUCAUGGAGAGGCCUGAACAAGGCCUUUGGGCUCGGUUACCUUGCCCAGCUGAACUGUGUUAUGUGGGAUUGAGCAACCAGUGGCUGAGGCAUUUGAGUAGUUACCCUCAGUGUCCAGGUCUAGAGAUGACGUGAUGGGGGACAGACUACAGCUCUUGCAAAGGAGACCACCACCACCACCCAGAAUUGGCUGUCCCAGGCUGUAACGUGCAGGCACAGAACUAGAACCCACUUUGCUUUUAACACAAGACUUGAGGGUGAAUGUCCAGUGGAAAAGCCCUGCUGUGCUGCCUGCUGAGAACAAUCCCAGCUUUCCCACAGUGAAGCCAUGCAGAUGGGCACGGGCCAGGAAAGAAUAAGGUGGGAUGGUUGGUGUUGCACUGAUGAAAGGGGAAAGAGGGAGCACACAUCCGCUAGAAGAGUGAACAGAAAAUCAUUUAUCUAAAUAGAAUAAUAGAAAUAAACAAAAACCUUUUAAAACAAUCACAAAAUUUACAAAUAAAUUGGUACAAAAUAAAUAGGAGAGAUUGUAAAUCUACAACAUCAUUUGAAUUAUAAAAUGCAUUCAUUAUGACAAUCAGCUCAUGAAACCUAUACAUGUCAUUUGUGCUUAUUUAGGUUUAUGUACACAGCUCUGAAUACUGUGUUCAGAAAACUUCACUGCUGAAAAGCAUGAAUGUACACUAUGAUACAGUGAGUAAAGGCUAUGGAGGAUGAAAAUCAGACACAGCAGAAUCUUUUGGAGGGCUGAGGCAGUACUGGCACUGGGCCUCAAAACCAAGAAGAGGCAUUAUUAAGAGCCCACAAGGGCAGGCAGUUUCCACGUUCCAGAGAGAUGGAUUCUGAAAUCCAAAGUAGGAAGUAAAGGCCAUCACUGUUGGGUCAGGCAACUGACCUGGUGUGGCGUGGGAGUGGGUAGGUGAGUGAGGAAGGAGGCUCCAGUCUCACAGUCGUACUAUACCACAACCAUCACCAAGAAAGUACCUCAAGCAUUUCACAGAGGCCCUGCCACAAGGCAGGAGACCUGUCUCCAUCCUCAUCCCAAACACUGUCAACAGGAAUAGAGGUGGGCCCAAUAAAAGGGGCUGGGAAUGCUAGGGCCAACAUAAGAGCAGCAACCUGUUUAAAAAAAAAAAGCAAACCACUGCCCUCUCACCCAACUUAAGGGACAACCAAAUUCUAGGUUCCAUGGAUGAGGGACUUCAAAACAGAUCUCGUCCUAGUCACAGACGAUGUACUAACAGUAGAGGCAUAUGUACAUAAUAAAUAAUAUAAAAUAAAGCAUAUACAUUUGUGGAUUUAAAGGACUCCAGGCACAAGAAAAGUCAAUGGACCAAUACACUCCACCUUCACAGUUGACUUCAGACAUAGGGAUAAUGAAUAAGAAGUUAGUAUGGGGCUCUGGGGAAUGAAAGUCCUAAGGCCUUACUUGUCCCUACCUCCCACUCCUGGGAGCCUGGGACACCAGUUGUUCAAACCCAAGAGGCCUGGUUCUCCAAAAAAAAGGGCAGCCACCCAUGCCCACCAGUGCAUGGAUAGUUCUAUCCGGGGUGAAUCUGUAAGGACUCUGGUCCCCAGAGAAUCACUUCCAAGUGAAUCCUUGUCAAUCAGAUGUGGGCAAAUGCCAGAAGGUACCCUCCCAAGUGAGGCAAGACAAUACUCCCAGUCAUUCUUUCAAUCUAUUCAUAGUCCCAGUGGGUACUAAAACUCUAGGAAAUGUUAUGUACUCACUCAAGUCGCUGUUACGGUACAUGUUGGAGCUGUACCAUGUUUGGUAUGAUAUAUGUGUACAUAUAAACCUUUGCAUACAAACCCUAGAGCUUUACUCUCUUGCCACUAGAACCUGUGUCUGUCCAUGUUGGUUCAAGUACAACUUGGUAUUUACCAUCCAAAGAUAUUUAAAACAAUUCUAGUGAGAUGAUGUCAAUGGCUCCAGCAUAUAGAGAGAAAGCUUACUAGAGCUGAGCCAACCACAGAGGUCUAAAAGGUAAAGAGGGUCCCCAGCCCAAGAUGAUGGGAGGAAAGCUGUUCCAGGCUUUGCAGUUGCUGUGAACUGCCAUCUCCUCCUCCUGUCCUUAGGGGUGACCAGGGACUCUGGAAUGUGAACCUUCAGAUAGGGAAGAAGGAAGCAGAAGAAAAGCCAGCAAGCAAGCAUUCAUUGCAGGCAGAUAGCUUCCAAGUGCCAGAGGAGGACGACCCACUUGUCCCAGCCUUGAGGGACAGUAAUAAAAAGAUGAAAGCCCUCCUCAUGUCAGCAAGCUUGGCAGAGGUGUGGCCCCUGCCGCUCAAAUGGAGGGAAAUGAACCUCAGCUUAGAAUUCUCUGAACUCAUCUCUCCUAUCAGCCCACUUGAACACAAAAGAAACAUGAAAGGAUAAAGAUUUGCAAAUGGCCCUGAGGUAUAAAAAUCCACUGAGUAGGUUGCACAUUGAUAAAUAACAUCAGAAAUUUUUCUGAAUUCCUCAAAUCACUUUAAUAUUCAACUCUCUAAAUCCUUCUUAGUUCUGGGUUAGCCUACAGCUUGCCCAGAUACCUUUGCUGGAGAGAAGCACCACUAACCCAUGGCCCAGAAUGGGACCAAACACCACCCUGGAUGAGAGCCUCUUUCCUUAGUAAGAAGUAAGCCCUGGAGCCUCAGAAGCCUCACAUACCCUCAACUGCCAGCUCAGCCGGUGACUCUCCUCAAACCCUUUCAAGAAAGGCUUGUCUCCAGGAUCACAGCUGAGAGAGAUGUUCCACCACCCACACCACCAGGGGGCGUGGGUCAUGCAAAGCAGUGCUCAAAGCCAAGCCUUGCUGGCCUUCUCUUGCCCAGGGUCUCAGGAAACAAGGUGAGCGCCUUCUUGUGCCAGCCCAGAGGAGUCAUCUGCCUGGGAUCACCCCUUGGGGAACAGUGGAGUGAUCUUGGUUGCCCAAGAGAUCUCACCUCCUGGGACCAGGAAAGGUGAAGAUGGCCACAGAUCCCUGGCUGGUCUUCAGAAGGUUUGUUUGUUUUAACCAGUCAGGACACAGGCUCAAUCAGCCAGGGGCCUACUUGUCUGCUCCUCAACCUGAGGAGAGAAUCUGAGGGCAGAAGUUCAUGGUCCCUGCUUAGCUCAAAUUCCUGUUGCUUCAUUUCCUAGGGAAAUGCAAUUCUUCUUGUGUCUAUCACUAUCUUCUUAGACUUGGAAAAGCUGGUCCAUUAGUUGUACGGUACUGAAUGGAAUAGCACAGGUAAGUAUUUUCACAGUUAAUGUUCCAUAUUAGUGUGAAAUUCUGCAUUCCAUGUUUUCAAAAUAAGUUCCUUGAAAUAACAUUAGAAAAUGGCAAGAAGCCCUAUUGCCUCCCAAUUGGGGAAGCCAAGCAGCCCUGCCAGGCAUGGAGCGCUCUGCAGGAAGCAAGGUGAGGAGGCGGGAAGAACACGGUUAAAUGUGGUGCCCUUUCCAACCUAAACCAGUGAAGAACCAAGGUUUAAACUACUUGAUUAGCACCCCAAUAUCCAUGUACAAAUCCGAAGGUUCUGUUUUUCCCAACAGUCGAAAUCUAUGAUUUCGUUCUUGCCUGAUGAAUCUGGAACGGGGAAAAUGGACAAAGCCCCCCAUUUACUGAGGAGGCAGUGUCCUGGGAACCUUUGGCAACUAGGAACCAGCUCCAGGUGGAGCCUCAGGGGUGCCCGUGGCUGCUUCAGAGCAAUAGGAAGCUCUUGCCUGUCACAGAGCUGGGCGUCACGGUGGAGCCCAAGAGUCACAGUGAGGGCUCCGCUGGGGUUCAGGGCUUCAGGGCCCCUACUCCCUUCCAUGCCUGAAAAAACAGCAGCCUUAGGAGAGGAGCAUUGCACACUGAGAUUUCAGCCACUCGACAGUCUCUGUCUGCCCAACUCCCACCUACUUUACAGACAUGAACUGCAUUAGGCCUUCUAAGCCAGAAUAAUUCCCCUGCUGCGCCAGAGAAGCAAUAAGCCAGCAUUUCUCCCUUAACAGCCUGAGAGGUCAGUUUCCGGAGGGGAAGUAGGGCUGGGAAGAGGAACCUGUUCUCUCAGACAUAAGCUAUUUGAAGCUCUUUGAGCUCUCCUCCAAUCAGAUACAACUACAGUCAAAUGUAAGCCUUCAUUCCUUCAGAGACCAAACAGAAAUGAUUUUGGAUUCCCUGUUGUGACAGAAAAGUGUGAAUAAUCAAAGGUAAAGAGUAGUUUACAGAAAGUGAAUACAAACUUAGAAGGAUAAAAUUCAUCUUCUGGGAGCCCCACCGCAGAGCCAUCCCAUCAACUCCUUUAUAAAAGAAUACUCUUCAAGCAGCUACCACAUUGAGCAGAUAAGACAGUAUUAAGAAGUUAUCAAUUUCUCUCCCAAAUCAAGGGGGCAGAAGCUGGCAUCCUCCCUCCACUCCCUGGCUCUCCCAGUUGUUUAGGAUUCAUAAAGAGGUGUGAAAGAGGUGUGGGGCUCUGAAAAAGAUCAUCAACACAUUAAUUUGGCUCCAGAGGCCCCGCCACAGAAGGCAGCUCCGAGACGGGCUGUGUGUGGACGAGCAGAAACAGGCCUGGAGAAGCUGGUG